AUGCGUAUGGUUCACGUAACAAAGCAAGAAAUCUCGGAGCCCGUAUCACAGCGCAGCGUUCUUCUGCACUGCCACGUGGGCUCCCAACGGCGAGUCGAGGUUCUUGCUGUGUUGGGUGAAGGCGGUUUCUCAAAAGUAGUGGAAUGCAUCGAUCACGGAGCAUAUGAAGUCUGUCUGACCUUUUCCCAGAGGGUUUCCAGUGUUAGGAACAGGGCAUAUGGGGUGAUAACGACCCAACAGUCUGACUUAAAAGUACUCAUUGUUCUAAACUCCCUUAAAACCUGUCUUUUCAGGGAAGGCAGACAUGUUGCAGUGAAAAUAGCAAAGAAUUUUGAUUGGUCCUCCGAUGCGGCUUGUGAGGAAAUACAGGUGCUGGAAGAUUUAGAAGCAUCAGACCCCAGCAAUGCCUAUCACUGUGUCCAGAUGUUGGGAUGGUUUGAGCACCGUGGACACGUCUGCAUUGUUUUUGAGCUCCUGGGGCUCAGCACCUUUGACUUUAUGAGUGUCAAUGACUUCUUGCCAUUUAACCUGGACGACAUUAGACACAUGGCUUAUCAGAUCUGCACCUCUGUCAACUUUUUGCACAUGAAGAAGUUGACACAUACAGAUCUGAAGCCAGACAAUAUUGUCUUUGUGAAAUCUGACUACGUAGAAGAGUACAACCCCAAACUGGUAAGUUGCCAUCCUCUUCCCCACUCUCCUCCACCUCAGUCAUCCUCUGCGUUCAUCUGGUCACUUGCAUCCCACCACCUUUCAUUUCAGGAAUGCACUGAAUGCAGACUGAGAAAACCAGACAUCAGACUUGUGGACUUUGGGUGCGCCACUUACGAUCAUGAUUACCAUAACCCUGUGGUGACUACUAGACCUUACAGAGCUCCUGAGGUGGUCCUAGAGCUCGGAUGGUCCCAUCCAUGCGAUGUGUGGAGCAUAGGAUGUACUCUCCUGGAAUACUACCUUGGAGACUUAGUAUUUGAGCCCGAUGACGACAUAGUACACCUGGCAAUGAUGGAGCGAUUACUGGGGCCUUUGCCGGAUCAAAUGAUAAAGAGAGUUGUGUCUUCAAAGAAGAAGUAUUUCUGUAAUGGCCGUCUGGCCUGGGAUGAACGCAGUGCGUCUGGGCAAUAUGUCUCGGGGUGCUGUAAACCCCUGAAGGUAAGAUUGCAAGGGGGAAGAUACUUCUGGGCAGAGGAGCUCCAAGUGCAAUUCUAAGACUGGAAGCCCGUGUUUUGUUGUUUUCUUCGUGAAGGAAUACAUGACGUGCCACGAUUCUGACCAUGAGAAUCUGUUUGAUCUGAUUGGGAAGAUGCUGGAGUAUGACCCAGCCACACGCAUUACUCUGGAAGAAGCACUGGAACAUCCUUUCUUCCUCCCACUGAAGCAGGAAAAUAGCACAUAGCCUCCUAUAGCUGAUGCAAAUGAACUUCUCUGUCUGCCUGUUAAGAAACGGAAACUAUGUUAAGUGGUGAUUGUUUGUUUGUU